GGAGAGGGGGGGGGGGGGUAUUCAUCCCUCUCCCUGUCUCUGAGGCAUUAAUGCAUCGGUGGGGGGAUUAAUGCCACACUGGGAGAGAUUCAGGCCAUACUGGGGGAGGGGGAUUAAUGCAACACUGGGGUAUAUUUUAAUGCAACACGGGGAGGAGAGAGAAUUCUGCUGAUGCUGGAAUCCGGAGCAACACACGAAAAGUGCUGGAGGAACUCAGCAUCCAUGGAGGGAAAUAAACAGUCGACGUUUCCGCCCGGGACCCUUCCGGAAAGAAUGCAACGCUGGGGUAUAGUAAUGCAUCGCUGGGGGCGAGGAGGGAGACUAAUGCAUCGCUGGGGUCAGUCUCUCCUUCCUGAGUUGCACUGCGUUUUCUGCGGACAGGACAUUUGUUUUUGAUGAUCCUGCAUUUAGCACAGAGGACCAUCUUUCAGAGUCACGAUAUUUGUCACGCCUUUUCUGUGUGAUGGUAAUGUGCUAACAUGGAGAAUACCGACCAUACCAGCGAUGUGCGGCUGAAUAACGUAUCUUCCGUCGUGGAACAGAGGCACUCUGACUUGUACAAUCACGAAAUAUUCAAUGGAUCGACAGUCACUUUCAACAAUAUCUGCUACCAAGUGAAAAUCAAACAGGGCUUGCUAUGGAAACGGAAGACUAUUGUGAAGGACAUCCUCUGUAAUGUCAAUGGUGUCAUGAGACCUGGUAUGAACGCUAUUAUGGGCCCAACUGGCAGUGGCAAGUCAUCUUUACUGGAUAUUUUGGCUGCCAGGAAAGAUCCUACGGGUUUAAAAGGACAAGUGUUGGUCGAUGGUGCCCCACAACCUGCUAACUUUAAAUGUACCUCCGGGUAUGUUGUGCAGGAUGAUGUGGUGAUGGGCACACUGACGGUGAGAGAGAAUUUUCAAUUUUCUGCUGCUCUGCGUUUACCAAAGAGUAUCGGCAGUAAGGAAAAGAAUGAAAGGAUUAACCAGGUCAUUAAAGAGUUGGGACUGACCAAAGUAGCAGAUUCCAAGGUUGGAACUCCAUUUAUUCGGGGAGUGUCUGGUGGAGAAAGAAAAAGAACAAACAUUGGAAUGGAGCUGAUUAUUGAUCCGUCCGUCUUGUUUUUGGAUGAACCUACUACAGGCUUGGACGCCAGCACAGCACUUGCUGUGCUGCUGCUGCUACAAAGGAUGUCAAGAAAAGGUAGAACAAUUAUCUUCUCAAUUCAUCAGCCCAGGUAUUCGAUCUUUAAGCUGUUUGGCAGUUUAACACUCCUAGCCAACGGCAGGGUGGUUUUCCAUGGCCCAUCCAGAGAGGCACUGAACUAUUUCUCUUCAAUCGGUUAUACCUGUGAGGCGUUUAACAACCCUGCUGAUUUUUUUCUGGACAUCAUCAAUGGAGACUCCACUGCCGUGAACUCACAAAAACCUAUGGAAAUUGAUCUGGAAAAGGCUCUUGAUGAAUCUGACUUAAAGAAGGAAAUGACCAUAGCUGAGAACCUGGCAGAAGAAUUCUCCAAAUCCAGCUACUACGAGGAGAUGAUGUCUGAAUUAAAAAUGAUUGUUCGGGAAGAUGUUGGAGAUUCUGCUUUGGUUUCUAGAAAGAUCACCUAUGCAACUUCAUUCUUUCACCAACUGAAGUGGGUGACUAAACGAUCAUACAAAAACCUCCUCAGGAAUCCCCAGGCCUCAAUUGCUCAGGUGAUGGUUUCAGUUAUGCUUGGAUUGAUUGUUGGAGCCUUAUUCUUUGGAGUGGAAAAUAACAUGGCUGGAAUUCAAAACAGAGUAGGUGCAAUGUUCUUCCUGACCACUAACCAGUGUUUUACCAGCAUCUCUGUAAUUGAAUUAUUUGUCAUAGAAAAGAAGAUUUUCAUCCAUGAGUAUAUCAGUGGAUACUACAUGAUAAUAUCCUACUUCCUUGCAAAGUUAUUUGUUGAUCUGAUACCCAUGAGGGCAAUACCAUCCAUGAUAUUUACAAUCGUAAUCUACUUCAUGAUAGGCUUGAAGUUGGAUGCUGGUGCCUUUUUCAUCACUAUGCUGACAUUAAUCCAGGUGUCCAUCACAGCCACAUCAAUGGGAUUGGCUGUUGCAACUGGACAGAAUAUCAUUGGUGUUGCAAAUCUCAUUAUUAGUAUACUAUUUGUUAUCAUGAUCCUAUUCUCUGGCCUCCUAGUAAACCUGCCAAGUGUUAUAAAUUGGCUGGCUUGGCUGCAGUAUUUAAGUAUCCCUCGUUAUGGCCUCACAGCCCUGGAGGUGAAUGAAUUUGUUGGUCUGACCUUCUGUAAUAAUUCUGAAUUGGUAUCUGCUCCAAAUGCAAACAUUGGAGGUGCAAUUCCUGAUGUAAUAUGUACUGGAGAGCAAUAUCUUGAGAGACAAGGAAUUGAAGCAAGUGAAUGGGGCUUGUGGCAGAACCACCUGGCAAUGGCAUCGAUGAUGAUAAUUUUAUUUACGAUUUCUUACUUAAAACUCCGAUUUAUGAAGAAAUUUUCAUAAGGUCAUUGUACAAGUAGGUGAUGCUAAAUUCCACAGCGUUUUGACUGAUAUCUUGGACACUUUCUAAAUUGUUUUGGAUGGUGUCACUGAUUACAUAUUUUUAAAAUUUUGGUGAAUGAUUUGUCACUCUCCAUGUUAACUAAGAAAAUUGCAUUUAACAGUCUGCGUGGAUUUGUGCUCAUCACCAACUUUGCCACUCAAAUGCUUUAUGCUACCUCAAUCAGGAAUAAAGAAAUGUUUGUUAGUCAUGCAAAAGAACUUGUCUUUAUUGUAAAUUAGGCUAUACUGUUGGACAUAUUCCCAGAGUUUCUACCAAAUGAUGUCCAAUAUACAAUCCAUACUAACGUUUGUCACCUGACACAUCCAUUCCUGUGAUGCAUUUUCUCCACUCAGCCAAUCAGAAGUCAGUCACAUGAAAACAGAAAAUUCUGGAACCACGUAGUGGUCACACAACAUCUGUGGAGAGAGAGAAACUGAGUUAAUGUUUCAGGUCAAUGUCUUUUCAUCAGAAUGAGCCUGAACUCCUGACUGUUUCCAGCAAUUUCAGCUUUUGUUUUCGAUUUCCUACAGUUUUUUUUUGCGUUUCAUUAUUAAUGCACAUAGAAACAGAAGUAGACCAUAUGACCCAAUGAGUCUAUUGUGCCAUGCAAGACCUUGGCUGAUCUUCUACUAUGUCCACAUUCCUGCCUGAUCUCCAUAUCUUUUGAUCCCCUAAAUGUCUAACAAUCUAUUGAUUUCUGUAUUUUCAAUAGUUAAGCAGCCAUCAGCUUUCUGUAGUUGAGAAUUCCAAAGAUUUACAGUCUUCUGAGGAAAAAAAUUUUCUUCUACGUUACCUACUUCUAGGGUCUUUAGCUAAUUUCUCAGCAUAUAUCCCGUCAGUCCCACCCUGUAUCUUUAAUUUUUCGGUAAGAUCGCCUCUGAUUCUUCUGAACUCCAGAGUAUAUGCCCAUUUUUCUCUAUCUCUACUUAUAGAGUAAUUCCCUCAAUCCAGAUCUCAAUCUAGCGAAACCUGUGCACACCAUCCACAGUAGGUAUAUUCAUUCUUCCUCAGGUAUGCAACGAUUCUCAGACCUGUAAUAUAAUGCCACCUGGAGAGCUCAGUGCUUUUCUCUCAAAUGUUGUCGUCUAGUUGUGAUGCAGAGCUAUGUGAGCAAAAAUGUGGUUUUCCUUUUUAUGUAAUUCUGAAAUUUAAAAUAUUGUAUCUGAAAACUGAAAGUGCCCUUGUGAAAAGGACAAAAAUUAUGUUUAAUAUCGUAAUGUUUUGUAAGACUUUGAAAUGGUACAGUACAUUGCUAAUUAUUUUAAUAAGAUGGUGUAGCGGUUGCUACCGCGGAAUAAAACAAGACUCUACUCGGAGGAUUGCCAAACAGAACUGGUUUAUUUUCCCGCCUUGUGCGGGCCCUUUAAGGGAGAAAAACUCCCGCCCAAAAAAACCGGCAAUGACGCAAGUCCUACGUCAUCAGGACUUUCCCGCGCACGGGUUCUCCCCGUCGCUCGGAAAGACGAGGCCCGCCGCCAUCUUGGGCCUCGUCGCUCCGACGCCGCGCGACCCGACUGCCGAGCCGGUUCGCCCGACUAGACGGUGAGUCGCCACAAUGGUUUAAUUUGAAUGAGAAUUGCCACGUUGAAUGGGUGCUUGCGGUUUAAAAAUUAAACAGACUUUCAGUGCUUUCAUUAAUUUACAAUUGUGCACACCUGGAGUGCAAAAUAAAAUGGCUUUGAUAUUC